GCCACAGGGAGCAGUGCGCAGACGCGGCCGCUCCAGCGCCAGAACUCUGGAAAGAAAGUUGUACAGAAAAGUCUUUGGGAAAGUACAAGCGCACUCGGGAUUGAAAGGAAGGUGAAAGAUUACUGUCUGCGCAACGGACACAGGUGUCGUGUGAAACGCCAAGCGGGGGUGGAUGAAAUUGUCGCUCCCAUCCACGGGGGAGAUCCCGAUAGCUCCACGCCUCUGUGCCGUACGUCAGAUCUCCGCCUGUCCUCUGCCGAUGUUCUCCACACCACUGGGAGGGCAACACAGAUCCUAACAGCUCCUUCUCCAAGCCCUGGGUCGGAGAGGCAGCACAGAUUCCUCAACGCACCCAAAUCCUCCAGUUUAUUGAAUUCCCUUUCUCUCUCUAUCUGUUAAAAUUUAACUCGGGAGGGGUAUGCGAGGCCACCAUUGAGUCACGCCUUGUGCAAACACCAAACAUAACCAGGCAGGACAAAGUCUAGUGAAAGACCAUGCCUUGGCACUGAUACACAAGUCUCAACGAACACCAAAAGCUGGAUCCAAAGAGGAGUGCGAGAAAGAUCUUUUAUUCCCCGACAAUCGCUAUUUUUUUUCUCCCCCCCCCUUGAAAACUGUAACAAACUGCGGGACUAAUACACCACAAAAAAAAAAAAUGAUGAUCUGUUUCUUCCUUGCUUGAGGUUUCAUUCUGGGCUGGAGGGGGUAAAAGCACGAGGUGAAUUUUAACGCCCUAUCGUACAACUUUAUUGCACAAUUUGUUGUGCCAGCUGUGAAGCUACAUCUGGGACAGACGUAUUGAGGAGGAAGCUGAAUUAGAGUUCGAAAGGCUGGAGUAACUCAGCGGGACAGGCAGCAUCACUGGAGAGAAAGGAACAGGUGACUCUGUGGGUCGAGAUCCUUCUUCAUUGACUUGCUUGUAUACACAAGGUAUACAAAUAGUGGCUACCUAAAGGGCGCUUAGAGAGUUACAACGUAUUGUUGAUUUGAGUUCCAGGCUGGUGGGACUGGCGAGGAGUUGAUGCUUUUGGCGUUGCAUGUUGGACACGUUUGCCGGGCGCGCAGAGUCGGUGGAUAAAGGGGCCGAGCGAUGAGUUUGGGGAAGUUGCCGAUCUUCCGGAACCUGGUGCCGGGCCACCACAAGCGGCGGUUAAAGCCGGACCUGACCACGGACAUGAUCAGCUCGCCGAUGGGGGACUUCCGGCACACCAUGCACGUGGGGCGCGGGGGGGACGUUUUCGGCGACACCUCCUUCCUCAGCGAGCACGGCGGCGAGGGGGCGCGGGAGGGCGCCAGCUCCAACCGGCUGGUCCGGGCCUUGCGCAACGCCCGCCGGGCACCGGCCAGGAACAGCAGCCCGGACGUGUCGCCGCCGCCACCCCCAGUCUCCCCCAUCAUCAAGAACGCCGUCUCCCUGCCCCACCUGCUCGACACCGACAAUGGCACUGGGGUGCAACGCCUCAACUUCAAGACCGCCAUGUCCAGUCCCGGCAUCAUGGAUGGCUCUUACGGAUUGGAGUCUGGUUUCUGCACCCUGCCCAGAUGGUCAAGGAUGGAGAAGUCCAAGGAGAGGGAGGCCAAGGUGGAACUGGUCAAGGCCACGGAGGAGAUGGAGGUGGUGGAUCUCCAGUUGCCUCGCACGGACUCCAUGAUGUCCUUCAGCCUGGACCUGGGCCCUUCGCUGUUGAGUGAGGUUCUGGCUGUGAUGGGGUCUCGGGGUGAGCGGGGGGCGCAGACGCCAGAGAAGGAAUCCCCCAGCGGGCGGGAGAAUGGGAUGCGGUUGGUCAAGUUCCAGCUAGAAGGCCCGCCCGACCAGUUGGACGGCGAGGGUUCGCGACCCAUGGUGACCUCGCUCAGUGGGCUCCGGGGACGGUUCCAGCAGGAGGCCUGGAUGGACGCGCCUAUGGGCGAGGGCGAGGAGGAGCGCCCGCCACUGGGGCCCGCCGCCAGCGCAGUUUACGGGCGGCCCACCCCCGAGGAACGCCGCUGGGCCGCCCAAACCCGGGGGGACGGCCCCACCCCCGCCGCAGAGCCGUCGCUAGGCCUUGGCGUCCAUCUUGCCUCAUCCGGGGAGCGAGACGCGCGUGGGCGCUGGGGGAGCCCGCAGGGAAGUGAAGCCGAUGGAGACGGGAGCUGGAGGCCGCCGAGGCCCCGGGUACCGGCUGACGGUGAAGAGGACGCUCUGGGCCACGCCGAGCGCCCGUGGUCUGCGGCCUCUGCGGCCCAGGAAACAGGCUUCAACCCACUGAAGGCCGAAGCCUUCGCCUUCGCGGACGAAGACGAGGAAAUCCGCGUAUAAACCAGCACCGCGCGGACUCCCGAUCCCCCCCGCUGAUCAAAACACGGAUCUCGUCUUAAAGGGAGAAAUAUAGAAAAUCAAAACCAAAAUCCCGCAGAUGCUGUCGAGACAACCCGAGACAAAAACAGAGCAUGCUGGAAAAACUCAGCCAGUCAGGCAGCAUCUGUGGAAAGAGAAACAGUUCAUCAUAAGUCCAUACGCCAUAGGAACAGAUCGAGUCCUCUCCACCAUUGAUCUAUUGGGCCCAGAACUCUUCAGCGGAACAGAUUUUUUCCCCCGAAGGUUAUCUUAAAAGACAAAGGAUAUUUUGUUUAGUAAGACAAUGCCUUCAAGACAUUUGAGGCCACUUUAAGAUCAUUUCCUUAACGGGACGGGCGAGAGGGGAGUUCACUCGGUGGUAAGUGCGUUGGACGUUUGCGUGAGGGGGCUUUCGGAUGCCCCAUCUACCCCCCCCCCCCCCCCCCCAAGCCAACACAGAG